AUGGUAGCAGACUAUUCAGGAGAACACAUUCUCCGCGAAGGCGAGGGUGCGUCAGGUAGCGUCAUGAAGAUGCUUCGGGAUGCGGCUCCGCCUGCGGUUAUGGUUCCCAAGUACAAAUGGCCAACGAAGUUACUAGUGAGGGCAAGAGAACCUGACCGAGCCCAGGUCACGAAGAUCGUGGAAGAAAGAGUUACCAAAAAAGUGGAAUCCGCUGAGGAUGUUACACUUGGGGCAUACUCCCCGAGCGUGAUUGUUUCACUCAUGGUUGUCGAAGUUUCGCCUGAACUUGUCACCCUGGAUGUCAACACCCAGGAUGACGGAGAGGUUGCCAAUUCGGGAUCCUGCGGAGAUGUCCCAGACGAGAUGGCUCAGAGAUCUGAAUGUGAUGCAUUCCAGGAUGACCCGAGUACAGAAGGCGAGGAUUUCGAGUUACCUACUUCUACCGUACCCGAAACACCGCUCGCAAGACUUGAUGCAGCGUACGCUAGGUGCAUGCGAGUGAGCGCCGAGCAACUCGAUUUAGAACCGGCGGUAUAUAUUCGCGAAGGGAGUGAGCUUAUGUCUCAGUUGAAGGAUCAGCUGGUUAUGCUACCCGACUUAGACGACUUCUCUCCUGAAUGUGAUAUCAAGGCUGCUGACGUUGGAGAACGUGGCGAGAGCACGGAGGCUCAAGCAAAGCAGCUGAAGGCCAUCCUGAAAAGACACCAGAAGAUCUGCUUAGGUGACGGGAAUGCUGCCCCGCCUCCGGCGAGGGGCGUCAUCUGUGAUUUAGAUGUGGGAGAUGCCAGGCCAGUUGCCCAACGACCCCGAUCGGUCGGUCCGCACUUGGCAAUUAAGGUGUAUAAGUUGCUGAAGAAGUUCCUGGAAGCUACACUGAUUGAACACUCGGAAUCGCCAUGGGCAUCCCCAAUUGGGAUCGUUCUCAAGAAGAAUGGAGUGGCCAUUCGAAUGUGCAUCGACUAUCGAGUCGUGAACAGCUUCAUUCAAUUGUCGAACUACCCACUACCACUGAUCGACGAUCUCAUUACUGGUUUCGAAGGAAUGAUGUGGUUUUUGAGUCUUGACAUGGCGAGUGGUUUCUGGGCAGUCCGAAUGACUGAGAGGGCCAAGCUGAUCUCGGCAUUUACCUGUCCAUUCGGGCAUUUCCAAUGGGUACGUAUGCCAUUCGGGUUGAAAAACGCCCCACUAAUCUACCAACAGAUGAUUACUUGCCUGAGGGGUUUUGUGCGGCUAUCACCCGAAGAAGAAGCACUCGUGGAUCAGGAUGUGUUAGACUACUUGAAGAUGGAUCCUCAGUCGUCGAGUGAGGAAAUAGAUGCAGGACGCAGUAUGACACCACUUUUGGAGCAAAUGACCGUUUUCAGGCGUAACAUUCCCGCACCAUCCCAAAUGGAGCCAGUCUUGGGGCGCAGUUCGUAUAUUGAUGAGAUCGCGCAUGGGGCGGCCACGUGGGAUCAACUAUGCGGUGAUCUAGAUGCGUUGCUCUAUCAGCUACAAUACUGGAGUAUCUCCGUUAGCUUGCUCAAGAGUGAAUUCGGGAAGCGUGGCAUACCGUACCUCUCUCGCGAGAUUGGUGCGGAAGGGAUACGUGCUACCCCGAAAAUCGUAAAAGGCAUUCAGGAGCUACCAUUCCCGGCCACCCACCCUGAAAGGAGCAGCCUGAAUUACUACCACAAAUUCAUCGAGGAUUACGCUGUGGUAGCCGCUUCACUCUAUGAAUUGACCGACGACCAA